AGUAUCAUUACCUGAGGAGCCCCCCAGUGCCCCUCCUCAGACAGUGAUAGCCAGUGGCCGAACCAACCAGUCCAUCAUGAUCCAGUGGCAACCUCCCCCCGAGAGCCACCAAAACGGGCCGCUUCAAGGCUAUAUCAUCAGGUACUGUCUGUCUGGAUUACCAGUGGACUGUCAGAUGAAAAACAUCACCAACCCAGACCAAACAAAUCUCCUGCUGGAGGACCUCAUCAUUUGGACCAACUAUGAGAUUGAGGUGGCUGCUUAUAACGGGGCGGGCCAGGGUGUCUACAGCCCCAAAGUCACAGAAUGGACCCUGCAAGGCGGUGAGGAUCUUGAGA